UGUUUGAGCUUGAGGCUGCGUUGAGGUUAGAAUGGUGUCGAAGAUGGGUGUGUUGAAAUUUUUGUCGCGGAACAUGACAAGCUUCGUUGCACAGACUAGGCGUGAUAAUGCAAUAUUAACGUUUGCCAGACAUCAGAGCGUACUUUCCUCUAAACUUGUGUACUCAGAAUACGGUGACCCACCAAAAGUCGUAAGACAAGAAAAAGAAGAGCUAAGAAAACCUGCUGAACAUGAAGUUAUGAUACGCAUGUUGGCGUCACCUGUAAACCCCGCAGAUAUCAACACUAUUCAGGGUGUCUACGCUGUAAAACCAAAAUUGCCUUCUAUACCGGGAAAUGAAGGUGUUGGAGAAAUUGUAGAUGUAGGCAAUGGAGUCACAGACUUGAAAGUCGGCGAUAGAGUUGUACCAAAAUUAAAUGCUUGGGGUACAUGGCGAACACACGCUGUCUGUAAUGCGGAUGAAUUAAUGAAAAUCUCUGACAAGAUUGGCAUUGUGGAAGCUGCCACACUUACUGUUAACCCCUGUACAGCAUACCGUAUGCUGAAAGACUUUGUACCGUUAUCUGAGGGAGAUUCAGUGAUUCAGAAUGGUGCAAAUAGUGCAGCGGGGCAAAAUGUGAUACAGCUGUGCAAAGCUUGGGGGAUAAAAUCUGUCAAUAUUGUUCGGAACAGGAGUGAUAUUGAUGAACUGAAGAAGUUUCUGGCAGAGCUUGGAGCGACAUAUGUAUUGACAGAGGAAGAACUCAGGACUACAGAUCUUUUCAAGAAAGGUGUUUUAGUAAGACCAAAGUUAGCACUAAAUUGUGUUGGAGGCAAAAAUGCACUUGAAGUGAUGAGACAUUUGGACAGUGGUGGUGUUAUGGUUACAUACGGGGGGAUGUCCCGAGAACCUGUGACUGUGCCUACAUCAGCUCUUAUAUUUAAGGAUAUAACUGUCCGUGGAUAUUGGAUGACAAGAUGGAGUAAUGAAAAUGCUAACAGCCCUGAAAGAUCUAGAAUGUUUGAAGAGUUAACCAACCUUAUAAUCGAAAGGAAAUUGAAUCCUCCAAAACAUACAUUGAUUGGAUUUGAAAGAUACAAGGAAGCACUGUCAAAUGCAAUGUCAACCAAAGGAUUUGUAGGGAUGAAAUAUAUUUUUGACUUCCAAAAAUAAUCUAAAAACAUCUUGUCAAAAACCAGUUUGGUGUUUGGUACAGUUUAUGUGAAUAAUUACCAGUUAUUCAGUUUUGUCCCUCCAAGGAUGGAGAGAAUGUUGUCUAAGCACCGAAAACAAUAAGCAUACUAUAUUCAUUGCACUGCAACAAUCUUUGAGGACUGAUUAAUUUUAUAGUGUAGCU